GAUUCCAUAUAGCAUCAUUUUGUCGUAGUCGUUGAAGGAUACGCACCUUCCAAAAUGCGGCGAUUUAUUUUUCUUAUAUUUAGUUUAUUUUGUGUGAAUGUGAAAUGUUUUAAUUUCGAUAUGGACUUUCCGAUCAUUUUUACAGAUCGUUCGCCUGAAAAAACUUAUUUUGGUUAUUCUGUUGCUAUGUAUCCAGGGGAAUUCAGUGAAAAAAUUUUGAUCGGAUCUCCAAAAUCAAAUGACACCAAGUAUCCAAACAUUGAACGGCCAGGUAUUGCUUACGAUUGUCACAUAAAAACGAAAUGUAGACCAAUUGACUUUCCACAUUCUAUAGAACCGCCACAGGAACAAUGGAAGCACGGUUUUGUUGGAGGAACUAUGGAUAUAUCUUACAACCAGUCAAGAGUUGCGGUAUGUGGUUUUCGACAAUUUUACGUCGUAAACGGUGACUACAGGACAAUGGGGGCAUGUUUUUGGUCAUUUUUAAAUAAAACCGAAUUUAAAAAUAUUAAGCCAUUGUUGGAUACAUCAAAAGGAACAUAUUCAUAUGGAAAAAAUCUGGGAAGCGUGUAUUGGUAUGGUCAGGCGCAAGCAGGUUUUUCUGCGCAUUUACCUGAACGUGCAAACGAAUUAAUUUUGGGAGCACCGGGUACUUUGAACUGGGCUGGAACUCCUCUUCUAGUAUCUGAUCUAGAAUACGAUAUCCCUGAGCCAAGCAGACGUAAAAGACAAAGCGAUCCAAAGCGAAAGAGAAGAGCACUAGAACCAUUUAAUAACGUAACGGUACCAGAUGCUACCCAAAAUGGAGCUUUUAAUCUCUUUGGUUAUAGUGUAUCGUCAGGGUAUUAUUUUGGUCCAAGUACUCUUUAUUACGCGUCAGGAACACCAAAAGCAAUGGAUUAUAAAGGAAAAGUCGUUGUAUUUUUAUUUAAUAAGGAAAGUAAAAUCAGAGUAUUCGCAAGGGAAGUCGGCGAACAAUUUGGUGAAUACUUUGGUGCAAGUCUAGCAAGUGGUGACGUAAAUGGUGAUACGUUCGACGACCUUUUAGUUGGAGCUCCAUUUUAUAAAGGCAGCACAUACAACGAAGGAAGGGUUUUUAUAUACCAUGGAGGCCGUAGCACUCUGCAAAUGUCGUCCAUACUAAGUGGAAGAGGUAUAAACGGACAAUUUGGGACAUCCAUUAUUUAUAUGGGAGACAUAGAUAAUGAUGGAUUCGGAGAAGUCGCUAUAAGUGCUCCGUAUGAAAAUGGAAACACAGGUAUUGUAUAUAUCUACAAAGGAUCUCCGGAGGGAUUAUUAGCAAAGCCUUGUCAAGUAAUCGUAGGAAAAGAUAUAUACCCAGGCUUACUAGGUUUUGGAAUAACUAUUUCCAAAGCUGUCGAUAUGGAUGGAAAUGGUUAUAAAGAUAUGACUGUUGGAUCCCAUGUAUCAGGACAUGCGGUAUUAUUCAGAGGAAAACCGAUUGUGACGAUUAAAUAUACUCUGGCUUCUAUCCCCAAAAUUUUACCAGAAGAUCUAAGAUCUUUCCUAAUCAAUGUAUGUUUCAAAUACGAAAUGUUUAACGAAGAAUCAGUAGCUAUAAAGUACAAAGUUACAGUAGAUGAACUGCUUGGAAGAGCAUUAAUUGGAAUUGGAUACGAGAAUUCAUUAUUAACGAAUGUAACACUUAAGAAAAAUGUACCUACUUGCGAAAAUAUUAGUGUAAAAAUAACAGACUCUCCUAGUUUAGAUAUUAAAAUACCCAUACAAGUUUCUUUAUCUUACGACUUGAACUAUCCAAAGUAUACCAAAUCCAUAACCUUCGUAUCAACGGGAGACGAACAAGAUAAUGAUAUCCUUGACGUUAGAAGACCAGUUUUGGACACAUAUAGAUCCAACGAAACAUUGUUUGAAACUGCGAUACCGUUCACGCUAGAUUGUGGCUCAGAUAAUGAAUGUCAAUCAUUUAUUAAUGUUGACAUAACAUUUCCACAGCUACGUGACAAUGCCCUUAUAGUUGGAUCUCUCGUAUAUUUAAAAAUGGAAGUUAAUAUAACUAAUAGUUUAGAAAAUGCAUACUCUACAGAAUUUUUUGUAGUUUUGCCAUCACUAGUAUUUUUUAGACAACCUCCUAAAAAAUGUAGGUUUGCAGAUGCUGUCAAUGGAUCUGCUAUAAUUUGCAACAUUGGGAAUCCUUUAAGAAAUAAUACAAAUUAUUUGAUUGAAUUUGAAAUUGGAGUUUCGUCUUUAGACAAUCAAUAUUAUAUUGAUCAGCUGGAAAUCUAUUCCAAAAUAACUACAGAAAGUGAUAAUGCAAAUGAUGAUACUCAGAAGACUACUUUGAUUGUAAAAAGAGAGGCAGAUAUUACCAUAUAUGGGCAAAGUGAACAAGAAACCAAUUAUUAUGGAAAUAGUUCUAUUAGCACAUCGCUUCUAACGCACACUUACAAAAUCGAAAAAUUCGGCUCCAGCUCUUUAGAAACUUUGAAAGUUAAAUUCCAAGUACCUCAAGAGUACCACGAAGCAGGUAAACAACCUGUAAGGUUUCUUAGUAUUGCACCUGUUGAAAUCAUAUUUGGAGGACAAUCUUUCAAAUGUAAUGUGAACGGAACUGAAGAAAGUGCUGAGGUGACUACUAUCAAAAAUAUACUCAACAUUGACGAUACAAUAAUAGAACCUAGCAAAAGACGAAGAAGAAGACAAGUGGAAACGUUCAAGCAAGUUUCGGAUACCCGCAAAAAGGAAGACAUCAUGGUUGAUGACGAGGAAUAUGAAGUCAUUGCUAAUAAAACUUUAUAUGUAAACUGUUCAUCGGAGGGAGUUACUUGCUUUGAAGCUGUGUGUAGUUUUGGACCUUACAACAAAGAAUUUACACCAGCCUCAGUGACUUUAAGGAUGACGGUCAAUAUUACAGCAAUAUCAGGAAUGGCAUCGACUAAAGAGAUGGUUCUUAUCGCUACAAACGGAGAAGUUGUGAUAGAAUCUCCAGUUAAUUUCGUUCAGUAUCAAGACAGACCUGAUGUCUUCACCGUAUCAAGCGUCUUCAUAAACGACAUGUCGAAACCAGCAAAGGUAGCGUUGUGGAUAAUUAUCUUAUCUGCAAUCAUCGGUAUAUUACUUUUACUGCUCUUAAUAUAUGGUCUUAUCAGGGCUGGUUUCUUCAAGAGAUCCAAAAAAGAAGAACUUGAAAAUCUUAAAGCUGCGGCUGAUCAAGAGGAUAAAAUUUUGGAAAUAAUAGAGGGUAGCAAAAUGGACGAUGAAGAGAUGGAAACUACAUUCGAUGGUGAAAUGAAGGAUGAACCACUUAAUAAUGAUACGCCUCCUGCGACUGAAUCACAAUCUAAGGAAAACCUUGUUGAAAUGAAAUGAUGUAAAAAGUUAAUGUAAUGUGAAGUGUCUUGUGAUAUUUAAAAGUAUUUAUAUCUGUAAAUUACUUUAGAAUAUGUUAUGUAACAGUAUUUAUAGUAAAAAAUAAAUAUUUCAAAUGUU